CUAGCACGAAUAUUUGUAGGUUUCGUAUCGUAAACGUUUCGAGUUGUCGAUACGAAAACGGACUAAAACGAAAGUCAGAAGCACGAAGCACUUUCGAACCAGUAUCGAGAGCUCGAUACGAUAACGUUGGUGACGUCAUACUAACGUAAGCAAGGAUGGGAAAAAUGGAACGAAUGAUCUUAACAUUGAGUGAAUGUUUCGUUCAGAAACUGGAUAAGUAUUUAGUUAAUUAAAAUUUUUGUGAUUUUAGGGCAUUUAAAAAUUUAAUACUGUUCAAUUUAUGACGCAAUACGAAGAAACUGCAGAAAAAAAUAAUAUUCAGUUAGAUAAAUGGCAUAAUAAUUUAACUGAGUACUAAAACAUUGUUUGAUUUGACUGUAUUCCUAAACGAACGACGGACGCUCAAAGCUCAUUCAAGGCCAACUUUGUUUUGAAGUGAACUUGUGUCUUGUGUUGUGAUUUAAAUUGUUAAAAGUUUGGAACUAUUUUAUUGUUCUACAAUGAGAACCAGCCACCCGCAGUACACCAUUAUGGUAGAAUUUAUGGAAAAGCAUGGAGACUUAUCCAAACCCAGUGGGGGUCCUCGUGGUAGACAUUAUGUGCAGCAAAAAUGGAAGGAGUUAAUUGAUAUGCUCAAUAGUGAUGGCACUGGGGAUUCUCGAACAGAGGAAAAGUGGCGGAAGGUUGUUGGUGGAGAGGAUGUUAGCUUGUCAGGUGUACAAGUACCUGCUACAGAAACUGUAGAUGAAUUGACUGUGGAUUAUGCUGCUUAUGAAUAUACACCAAUUCCUGAAGAUGAAUGGAAUACUGCAGGAACAAGCAGUCAACCCACAGUCGCUCCACCUCUUCCUCCUCCUACUCCGCCAACAGCACUUACACCACCACCAGGUCCAGUGCAAACCCAGUGGCAACCGCCGAAAAAAAAGAAGAAGCCUGAAGAUUUAGCUAUAAAAGUAUUUAAGGAGUGUGAGAGGAAUGCUAGGGAGUAUGAAAAGGAGCGUGACCGAAUUGCACAAGAAUUAGAACGAGAGAGGAUUCGUCAGCGUGAUGUAGAGCUUCAGUUGCAAGCUCAGUGGUUAGAUUUUAUGAGAGAGGCGUUAAAGGUUGUAAAUAAAUAUUUAGAGAAAAGAAGUGAAUAGUGUCUGAUUUUUCAUUUUAUUUGUAUUAAGGGUUGUUAACACUAUUCACUUCAAUUUCUUAAAAAGAAAACAUUUUGUAUUUGUUAGAAUUAAAUUUAUUUUGCUUAAUCUAUAUAAGGGUUGUUAACAGACUAUAUACCUAUACACUAUUCACUUCAAUUUCUUAAAAAGAAAACAUUUUGUAUUUGUUAUAAUUAAAUUUAUUUUGCUUAAUCUAUACUAUUUAUAAAAGUAAUAUCUUAAAGGUACUUAAUUCUAUUUUGUAAAUAACGAACAUUAUAUUUGUUUCAAACAUAUUAAACUAUAUUUUUAUUCUCCAAUGCUACCUUUAUUAUAGACUUCAACAUGCUAACACAA